AUGUCAUCUCCAACACGUCGAUCACCAGCAUUAUCACAAUCUCCUUCACCAAGUCUCCACUCUCCAAUACUUCCUGAAGCUCCCAAGGAAAGCGCGGUAGUGAGGCUUAUCAUCGCCCCUAUUACCUUCAUUUCAUUCCUCAUCUCUCUCUUGAUCAUCGAUAGCCGUAAUAGUUAUCUUCGCAUUCACCAACACUCGGAACCCCGGACGUAUCCCAAUACUUUCAUCGGGCGCAUUCAAGAAUUUCUUCACAAAUUAAUCUUCAAACCACAACCAUAUGCGUAUAUCAAAUCACCAUCUCGAGGACAAAAGGCGGAGGGGAUCAAGAGAAAGGAAGAGGAGCCAUGGCAUUGGAAUACUAAACAAAAGAAGAUGAUGAAGAUGGAGGUUUCGGAUGCUUUUAAGUUUAGACAAUGGGUAUUAAUUGGAAUGGCGGUUGUCGCAAUGGGAGUCGGGUUGCUGGUUUUGUAUCUUGCGAAUUGGAUAUGGCAGGUUUGGUAUUGA